AUGCUGGCCACGACCCUCCGCCGUUCCAAGCGAUCGCUUACGCACUUGCAGAGCCCGCGUCGCCACGGCGGCUCCCUCUCGAAGAACAAGCACAUUGAGAACUGGAACAACUGGCGCGGAGACUCGGAGAAGCGAUUCCAGUUCAACCGCCAGUUCUUCACGUCGCUCGUGGGUUGGGGCGUUGUGCCCUUUACGCUCUACUACGUCCUGAGCUCUAGCGAACGCCGUAAGCGGGAUUCGCACAGUGGCGGUCAGGAGAUGCUUCGUCAGUAA